AUGGUACUACAGUAUGAUGAGAGCGUUCGCAACCUGCUGUAUCGGAGAUCAUGCCAAUACACGCAGGAGUCGAGAGCAUGGUUUAUUCAACAGAUGGAGGAGGCCAAGAAGCAGAAUGUCGAGACAUACAUCGGCACCGAAGGCACCGAGGGGACCUCCUUCAUCUCCAUGACUCUCCUGGGCAUCUCCUCGAUGUUUGUUCGACAAGAAGACAAAUUGAAAACAAAGCUCAUGGAGCUGGGGCUCAUGGUAGACUCAGUCGAUGGAGGCGACAAGGCCAUCAUGUGGAAAGCACCUUACAGACCUGAGAUAGCACGAGCAGACGACAUCUCAGUCACCGUCUCCUUCCUUCGGAAUGAAGCAGCCAUGGAGCUAUGGGAAGGCAGGAAAGAAUACACUAUAGACGGCAGAGCGUUUAAAGCAACGGAAGGUGCUGGGCAGAGAGGUCGCAAGGGGCCGAGCCCGAAGACGUAUGUCGCUGUUGGGGCAAGUACCGGAACUCUCCAGCAAAAAGAGCUAGAGUGGGUGCUGAGCUCGCCUUCGACGGCAAGUUGCGAGCAGACCUUGGCCUCGUUCAGAGAGAGCGAGGCGAUGGAGGGGGUGCACCUGACCCUCAUCAGCGACGACGCCAAGCUCAGAGAGACGUUUGCAGUCGAGCUCACAGCCGACACCUUCGUUCCUAGGGGAAAGAUCGCUAAGCAAAGGAGGGCACUUCGCGAGAGAGAUCAUGCGGGGCGCAGCAGCUUCAGAGUGCAGAUCAAGUCGAGGUCAAGCAUGAGCACAGGCCGCUUCUCGAGGAAGGAGAUGGAAGCACUGUGCGGAGGAGGUAACACAUCGAUCACGAGAGUCAAGCGAGCCAUGUUGGAAUUAGCAAGAAGGAUAGGCGUGACGCCGGUCAGCGUCGAGGUCGAGGAGGAUCGUGACACGCUCAGCUGGGAUGGGAGCCUGAUAGCUCUCUCCCUGGCGACCAAGGCAGAGGCUCGACGCUUGAUGGACGACAUGCACUUCUACUUGGAAGGGAUUCUGGAAGUUAAGCUGGAAGCUAUGGGUUUUAAGCUUAACCCUCAGCAUGAGGAGGAGAGGAGCCCGAGCAGCGAGGAGCAAGCCCAAGAGUCCCAAGGGCAGCAGCAAGGCGCUGGAUGGCUGGAGCUCAGCGACAUCGACAGGAUCACCAUGGAAGCAGCGUCGCCGUCAGGGCCAGUCGAUCAUGGCAACAGGUCUUGGUCGACCUCUCGUCGAUGCUCUUGGAGACAUCAGAGGAGGAGCUGCUAG